AUGAACUUGACUCAGGUUUCGUAUUUUACUCUCGGUGCGUACUUUGAUACUGGACUCUUUAAAUAUUUAUAUUUCCUGAUUGUUUUGAUUCUAUAUAUUUUUAUUAUUUUUGCCAAUGUAUUGCCCAUUGUAGCAAUCUAUAAGAACAGAAGUUUACAUGAACCUAUGUACAUCUUUCUGUGCAGCCUGUUUAUGAAUGAAUUGUAUGGUAGUACAGGGUUGUUUCCAUUCCUUCUGAUUCAGAUUCUCUCUGACAUUCACAUUAUUUCAACUUCUUUUUGUUUCCUGCAGAUUUUCUUCGUGUACUCUUAUGGAAGUGUAGAAUAUUUAAACUUAGCCGUCAUGUCUUAUGACAGAUAUCUUGCCAUCUGUUGUCCUCUACAAUAUAACACACGUAUGACUGUUCAGAAGGUUGCCAUGUUUAUUGCAGUGAUAUGGUCGGUGGUAUUUCUUGUGAAUUUCGUCACAUUGCCUUUGAUUGUUCGUUUACAGCUGUGUGGGAACGUCAUUCACAAAGUUUACUGUGACAACCACUCCAUUGUGAAACUAUCCUGCUUUGACACAACACUCAAUAACAUCUACGGACUCUUCGUUAGCGCCUUCUCAGUGUUCGGGCCUCUCAUUUUAAUUCUCUACACGUAUAUAAAGAUCCUUAAAGUCUGUUUCUCUGGUUCUAAACAGACCAGACAGAAAGCUGUCAGUACCUGCACACCUCACCUCGCUUCUCUGCUCAACUUUUCUUUUGGGGCUUGUUUUGAAAUAUUACAGAGCAGGUUUGAUAUGAGCAGUUUACCCAACAUGUUACGAAUAUUCUUAUCUUUAUACUUUCUGACAUGCCCGCCGCUCUUUAACCCUGUAAUGUACGGCCUGAAUCUGUCCAAAAUCCGUAUCACAUGUAAAAAUCUGAUUUCAUGA